UAUUCCGAAAUGUGAGUUGGGCGAAAGUUAGUCGGUCGUGGAAUUCGGUGUGGGAUGCCUCGUGUGAGUUAUCCUCACCAUGAAAUGGAAUUCGCUACGUUCAGAUCGCCGCAUUUAUACUCACAGCCCUCCAUCCUCCAAAGGCUGGGCAUCGAUAGGCUGGAGUUGGAUCCCAGCUUCCUGCAGUUCCAGCACUACAUUCGCUACUCCUCCGAACCUCUAGAGCUGACUGCCACUUCCACUCCAUUGGAUCUGAGUGUGAAAACCACUUCCGUUCCGAUCACUCCUCCUUGUACUCCGUCGCCGAAGACUAGGACUCCUCUGAGUCCUACUCCCGAAGUUCCAAGUAAGAAAGUUAAGCUAAACUCCCCAAACCCGAAGAAAAGCAAAGCAACUCGCAAACUCAACUUCGACGAGGAUAACAGUUCCCCCGUUUCGGGCACCAUCAUCAGAGAGCUGCGUCCCGACGAGCAUUUGGUGGUGAGAAAAGGUGACAUCGAUCCUGCGUUCAAUGUGGUGGAGGUGACCGAGGAGGCGAAAGCCGAAUUGGCCAAAAUCGAAAAUCACAUUGGCGACUACGUGUGUCGGUUGUGCAAAGAGCUGUACGAGGACGCUUUCGGCUUGGCUCAACACAGGUGUUCUCGGAUAGUUCACGUAGAAUACCGAUGCCCCGAAUGCGACAAAGUCUUCAACUGUCCGGCCAAUUUGGCUUCGCAUCGACGGUGGCACAAACCGCGACUUCCCAAAGAAAACAAACAGGAAGAAGGAGCAAUGAAUGAAACGGACGGCGGGGAACAAUUCAACUGCAAUGAAUGCGGCAAGCGAUUUCGAAGGAUAGCUUACCUUCGAAAGCACCAAACCUUGCACCAGGUGGACUGACAGCGGCUUGUGCCGGUAAGGCCAAUUCCACGUCUUCCGCCGAACCUUUGGAGGCCUCCACCUUUGCCUCCAGCCUGCGAAGGAGCCAUUUCGAUGGAACAGCGGUACUUCUCUCGAAUGCCCUGGAUGGAUUUCUCUGGUAGUAGCUGUAAAUAGACACAGUGCAUAGUAAAAGGAGUGAAAUAUCAUGUAAACUAGACAAAAGAGGGUGUAGUUAGUAAGGAUCGGUAGGGUCAGGGUCUGGUUUAUUUGGAGAAGUUUUCAAUUAUUCUAGUCGUUUUUUCUAGUCAAAAAUAUUUUUUAAUUUAGUUUAUGUAGGCUGUCGAAACAUGCUAGUCAAGAAGUUUUUUUAAAUUAAUUUUACAAUUCUAGUGAUAUUUUCUAGUCUUAAAAAUUAGCCUUCCAAAAUAAUGUAUCUAGAUAUAUCUAGUCAAAUCGAAUGAUUCUAGUCAGUUUCUUAGUCAAACAUACACAGCAUUCCAUAAUGUACAUAAUAAUAGUGGUCAGAAUAUCACAAAGAUGAUCUCAUUAGUCAUAUGGCUGCUUGGAAGUAGAAUUUCGCUUCCGAUUGAGUUUUUCCGAGAAUUCUCUUCAAAAAUGUUUCAUAAGUUUUAAAGCGAAACACUAUUUCCGCGAAGAAUUGUGAGUAAACUGAAGGAAAGUAAAUGUGGCGCCAUUCCGGAAAUGAUAAAAAAUGAUUGAAAUUUAUCGACACGCACUGCUUUGUUCAAAAGUUUAUCUUGUAGAUCUGAUGAGUUUUUCGAAACCACUCGUGUCAUGAAGAAAUUAUUUUUCACGACGAGCUAAAGCCCGAAAAACUCAUCAGUUGCGUGUAAGAUUUCAACAGAAGAAAUUCUGUGGAUGCCAAAAAAAGGGUGAAAGCCUCACUCGUUUGAUGACCAUUUUGCAUUUCGUUGAUUUUUCAUAGUUUAAGUAAUAUUCGAUUUUUUUCAAAUUCAAGCACUUGUUCUUAUUUUGGCAUCAGGAAUAAUUUUCGGUUUACUCAAAAAUCAUCACUCCAUAUACAGGGUGUUUAUUUUACUAAGCAUACAAAUCAGCUUCAGUUUUACAACAUUCAAUAAGCAGUUACGUCGAUAGACUCCAAUUGUAAGUUCGCACGAUGUUUUCUUAUUCUCUUCUUGUCCUUGUGGUUCAAAAAACGCCUUGUAUAUGCAGAGCAUUUCAAGUAGGAAUCAGUAGAUAUAAGAGUGUGUUUAUUGUUAUUAUUUUCCUUUCAAUCACAAACGAUAGUUCCUUUAAGUAAGAAAGAUACUUUGAUUUUCUAAUAAUGAAUAACGUACGUUUUUACACCUGAGAGUGCGGGCAGGGCGAACAGUAUGCAAUACGCUCAAGUAUCGAGCGCAUUAUCUCUAAAAUGCGCGAGAUAACAUCGCAACAACAAUCUAGAAUUUGCAGCCCCCAUGUAAAUAAUAAUUCAUUCUAGGUGGUCAAGUUACUUGUGUGAAUCGUUUGCCAUAGUUUAACAAACACAAAAAGCUUGCGUUUUGAUAACAUUCGCGUUUCAAAUGUGAUAUUAGGUUGUAUAGGGAUUAGGGCCAGUAAACCGUAUUUUAGUGUAAUUUAAAAAAAUGUAAUUAACUAGUCAUGAAAGAGAUUUAUUGUACAAAUGUUGAAAAAAUUAUUAUCUAAGUUUCUAGUCUUAUCUAGUCAUAUAGUUGUAUGUACCAAACAUUUAUAAAGGCGAGUGUGUAUCUAGUCAAAACCACUUUUGCUUAAAAUGUCCUUAUAAACUUAUUAAUGCAAAUAGUAUAAAUAUGUACUUAUGUAAGAAUUACUGUUUUUAAGACACCGUAUGUUAUUUUUCUAUGCUAAUUGGAUUUAUAAAUUUAAUCCGGUAUACCGAUGUAUCUAAAAAUAAGCGCUAAGUUGGAAUUUAAUUUUCAAUAUAAGUUUCUAGUACCUACAAUAGUGGAUUUAUUGCGAUAAGCAAAUGUAACUGAAAUAUUUAAAAGCGUUUUUCUUAGGAAUUGAAUUUAAUUGCGCUAUUUGUCAGCCUUUUCAGAAUCAAUUUUGUAUAUAGUGAUAUUUUAAUAGCGUACCAUGCACGAGAAAUGUUUCGUUUACCAACUUGAAACACCCUACCUUAAGGCAUCGAAAUUAGAUGCUUACUAAUCGGUUGUUUUAUAGGGUGAUAUAGGGGGUCAAUAAUUUUUCGCUUUACUUUUGCUCUUCCCUAAGGCGUGUCCCAAGGAGGAUGAUAAAGGUCUAAGAUGGGGAAGUUGUAAACGGUUUGCCAGAAGAAAGUAGUGGCGUCCUUUGUUAUCUGAUGAAAAAGUAUUAGUAAAUUUCAAUGGUCGAAAA